AUGCUGGAAUGUAUAGAAUACAUUCUUUUUGCAUUUGGAUUAUGGACUCUUAUAAAGGGAUAUCUAUUUGCGCAUUACUCUUUCAAGUCACUAACUCCUCCAAAAGCAAGCACAAUUUUCUCCUGCUCAUAGAAAGUUAUCUCUUUUAUGUAAAAUUAUUUAUUGAAUGUUUUUUAGAUUUCAAAUAAAUGUAUAGUUUAAUUUUGAAAAUUUAAAAUUAAAUAUAAAUAUUUAAAUUUAAUGGAGCAGAUCUAGGCCUAUUAUAAUGAUAAUAAUUAAAUAUUUAAUUAUAUUCAAAAUAUAAUAUUUAAAAAACAUAACCUUACUUAGGGGUAAUCUCUCCAAAAUGAUUUUUCAAUGGUCUUACCUAUUCAUAGAGGUUAAGGUCUAAUACAGACUUUUCUCAGUAUGGUCUUAAAAGUUGGGCGCUAGUAACUGCGCCGACAGAUGGGAUUGGCUUAGGAUUUGCAGAGAAACUUGCUUUUCAUGGGUUUAAUCUUGUCCUCGUGGGAAGAAACUAUGAAAAGCUCAUGAAUUUAUCCAAAAAUUUAGAACAAAAUUUCCCAAUUAAAACUAAAUCAAUAGUAAAAGACUUUUCAUUAUCGGCUAAAAAUUCACACAUCUCCAUCCUUGAUUGAGCUGAUACCAUCGAGAUAAAAAUUUUUUGGGAAAAAAAUUAUUAGAAAAUUUUUAUUUAAUGUGAAUAUGUUUAUAUUAAAUUUUAAUAAUAAAAUAUUUUAUGAGUUAAUUACUAAAGAUAGAGUAUGCACAGCAUUAAAGAAUGCUCGAAAAAUCACUAAAAUGGAUUUAAUGUAUAAUAUCUAAUUUUAAUUACUAUCAAAAAUGGGCAGUUAAAUUUGUGGGAGGAUAGGUAGCGAGUUAUGUGCUUAAAUAUAUUAAAAUCGAUCAGUCAAGGAGAGGGUUAAUUUUCUAAUGUUUGGGAAAUUUUCAAUGAUGUCGUUCGAUCAAUUUGAGGGGAGUCAGGAGUUUUUCCAAGACAUAAAAUCACAAACUGAGGGUCUAGACAUCAGCAUUGUCGUAUUACAAUUAAAACAAAAUUAGUUCCACAGAGCAAAUGAGAUAUUAGGUUUCUUAUAUAAAUAUGAAAAUUACUCCAACUUUAAUAACUCCCCCUUCGAGAUAACCCUCCGUGAGUGAACAAAAUUGUUUAUGAAAAAAAUAUUUUGAUAUAUAAGUGAUAGCUAGUAUAAUGAAUUUCUAGCUAAUACUGUAUUUUAAAAACAUAAAUUCUACAAAUUAAAUAAAUAUUUGCUUUCCAAUUUUUGCGAAAUUUCGAUAAAAAAUUUUUUUAUAAAACAAAAUUAAAUCCCCUCAUGAUCGAACAGAAUUUUUUUGUUAGCUCACUGAGGAGGGGAGUAAUCAAAUUAAUGCAAAAUAGCAUAAACAAUGUAGGAUAUGGAGCUGAUGGACCGCUCCAUACAGUCACUGAAGCUGAUCUACUCAAUAUAAACUCUCUGAACAUUUGGCCUGUCGUUUGUUUAACAAAACUAUACAUUCCUGGCAUGCUUAACAGGAAAAAUCGGAGCGCAAUUAUCAAUUUAAGCUCUCUUCUCGGCACCUUUCCAGUCCCUUAUGGUAGCUGCUAUUCUGCUGGAAAAAGCUUUAUAUCAGCAUUUAGCUUAAUAGUAGCAGAAGAAGCUUGCUAUUUGUCAAGGCAAAAAAAUACCAAUAUUGACGUCUUGACAGUUACCCCUGGAUGUGUCCGGCACAUAGUUUUAAUAGAAAAAUUUUGAUAGUAUAGCAUUUCCUUGGUAAAUUUUGUUGGAAAUUUACCUCAUAAGACAUUUGAUAAAAAUUUAGUGUUUUUCCGAGCAAAUGAAAUACGAGAAAAUUUCGAAAAAUUUACCUAACAUCAAAAAGUUUCAAUCAACGGCAAGUAGCCGAUGGGUCGAUACUCCACUAACCAAGAAAUAUAAAAAUAUGCCUUGUUUAAUAAAAAAGGAAGAGCAUGUAGAAGGAGUACUAAAAGCGCUCGGAAAAGUAAACUACACAAGUGGGCAUUGGAAGCAUCAAUUGCAGUCAAUUUAUGCUGCCUUAUUCAGAGAUCAAGCGUCAGGGUCAUAUGCAAAAAAAAUAAAGAAAGUUUGAAAGGAUUCAGCCAAAUAA